AUGUGGCUGUGGCUCUGUCUGCUGCUCCUCGCUGCUGCGCAGCUGGCAGCUCUCCACAGCAGCUUGACACAUCAGCAGAGUCCUAGGACCCUAACGGUUCAGACCAACAAAUUCGCGAAUAUAUCCUGUGAAGUCAAAACCUCCCUUGCUAACCAGCGCAUCUACUGGCUGAGACAGCUCCAGGCCCCAAGCAUGGACAGUCACUACGAGUUCCUAGCUGUCUGGGAUUCUACAAAACAGAUUGUGUAUGGUGAUAACAUGGGGCAGGAGAAGCUAACUGUGAUUCGGGAGUCAACCCAGACCACCCUCCAUCUCAGGAAUGUGAAACCUGCAGAGAGUGGUGUCUACUUCUGCAUGACCGUCGGGACCCCUGAGCUGACCUUCGGAAAGGGAACUCAGCUGACUGUGGUUGAUGUCCUUCCCACCACUGCCCAGCCCACCAAGAUGACGAAGACUACCCCUAAAAAGAGAAGGUGUCCAUUGCCCCCACUCCCAGUGACUCGGAAGGGCAUACCAUGUGGCUCCUUGACCCUUGGCCUGCUGGUGACUGGUGUCAUGAUUCUGCUGGUGUCCUUGGGUGUGGCCAUUCACCUAUACUGCCUGCGGAGGAGAGCCCGGCUUCGCUUCAUGAAAAAGUUUUAUAAAUGAGCAGAGAAUAUGCUUUUGGUGUCCCACUACAAAAACACGG